AUGAAGUUUCUCCUGACCCGGUUAAAAGAGUUCUGUGGCGAGUUUCUGAAGAAGAAACUCAACCUCUCCAACUGCGUUGCGGUUCACAGCUUAGCCCACAUGUAUUCCCUGAAUCAGCUGGCCCUCAAAGCGCAGGAUAUGAUCAGGAGAAACUUCCACAAGGUUAUCCAGGAUGAGGAGUUCUACACUUUGCCGUUUCACCUCAUCAGAGACUGGCUCUCAGACUCGGAGAUCACAGUGGACUCUGAAGAAAUCCUCUUUGAGACUGUUUUGAAGUGGGUUCAGAAGAAUCCUGAGGAAAGAGAAAGGUACUUUGAAGAUCUGUUUAAACUGCUUAGAUUGUCUCAGAUGAAACCCACUUACCUUACUCGUCACGUCAAAUCUGAGAGGCUGGUAUCAAGCAAUGAAGCCUGUGUUAAAUUGGUGUCGGAAGCCGUGGAGAGUCAUGCCUUGCGGUCUGAGAACUUGCAGUCCGGUAAUCUGCAACAUUCCACUUGUCCCGUGGCGUUAUUGCCGCGCUUUGGACAAAACAUGGACGUCAUUAUGGUGAUAGGUGGCGUGUCGGAGGGAGGAGAUUACUUGAGUGAGUGCGUAGGGUAUUUCAUCGACGAAGAUAGGUGGGUAAACUUACCGCACAUACAUAAUCAUCUUGAUGGGCAUGCUGUUGCUGUGACAGAAUCUUACGUUUAUGUGGCUGGCUCCAUGGAACCAGGGUUUGCCAAGACUGUAGAAAGGUACAAUCCAAACAGAAAUAUUUGGGAGCAAGUCUCAAAUCUAAUAACCAGAAAGCAUUCUUUUGGCCUUACUGAGGUUAAGGGAAACUUGUACAGUAUUGGUGGACAUGGCAAUUUCAGUCCUGGCUUUAAAGAUGUGGCCAUUUAUAAUCCCGAGCAAAACAAAUGGCUUAACCUGGAGUCAGCACCAAAGAUCCUUCGUGAUGUCAAAGCUGUUUCUGUAGAAGACCGGUUUGUUUAUGUGGCUGCUCGUACCCCAGUUGACAGUGAUAGUGAAGAUGGAUUGAGGGCGGUUAUUAUCAGAUACGAUGCUGAAACAAGGCAGUGGCAGGAUGUGGAGUCUCUGCCACUCAUUGAUAAUUAUUGCUCUUUUCAGAUGUCUGUUGCUAAUACAAACUUCUACCAUACAGCAUCGUGCUGCCCCAAGAGUUACCCCAUAGAUAAUGAGGAAGCCAAGAUAAAGAUCUCUGGCAGAGCCUCAGAUGAAAUACUUGAAAGCUUACCCCCAGAGGUUCUUAGCAUUGAAGGAGCAGCUAUUUGUUACUAUAAAGAUGAUGUUUUCAUCAUCGGGGGGUGGAAGAACAGCGACGAUAUUGACAAGCAGUACAGGAAGGAGGCCUAUCGUUACUGUGCUGAGAGAAAGCGCUGGAUGCUUUUGCCUCCCAUGCCUCAGCCUCGCUGUAGGGCAACGGCCUGCCAUGUGAGAAUUCCCUUCAGGUGCCUCCAGGGAACACAGAGAUACCCUAUGCCGCAAAAUCUGAUGUGGCAAAAAGAUAGAAGGCGGCAGAUGCAGGAAAGGCAGAUGCAGGAAAUACACCGACACUCCCUAAGCUUACGGAGAAUGCCACGCUCGCAGAUUGAGUGCUAG